AUGAUUGUUACAGAUGGACAAAUCUUUGAUUUCAUAAUAGUUGGAGGCGGAUCGGCGGGAUGUGUCGUAGCCAAUCGACUCACCGAAAUAUCAGACUGGUCGGUCCUACUAAUUGAAGCUGGGGAUGACCCCCCAUAUGCCUCUGAAAUACCAGGAUUAUCCGUUAUACUGGGAAACAAUUUUGAGGACUGGACCUAUGAAACAGUAAACGACAAUUAUUCUAGUCAAGCCCUAAAAAACCAAAAAAUACAAACUGUUCAAGGAAAAAUGUUAGGUGGAUCUAGCAACGUUAAUUACAUGUAUUACGUAAGAGGUUUCAAAGAAAAUUACGAAGAUUGGGUUGCUCGAGGGAACAAUGGUUGGAACUGGAAUACUCUCAAUAAAUAUUACAGAAGAAUCGAAUACGUAAAUUACUCUGAUAAUUUGAAACGCAAAUCUGAAAAUCCCAGUGAUCCAUACAUAGGUCUUACGCGUUCAGAUCGGCGAGAACAAACUCAAAAAUAUUUAGAUGCCUUCAAGGAAAACGGACACGACAUUAUUGAAGAUAGAGGCUUUAGCCAAAUAGGUUACUAUGAAUCAACCUUCAAUUUUUAUAACAAACAACGUCAGAGUGGAUCUCAUGUGUACAUCAAACCAAUUGCUACAAGAAAAAACUUAUUCAUCCUUAAAAAAACUGUAGCUAGAAAUAUAAUUCUAGAUAAUAAAAUAGCUGUUGGAGUUACAGUGGAAGAAGUAAAUGGCGUAAUUAAGAAUAUUUACGCGAGGAAAGAAAUUAUUUUGUCUGCUGGGUCUUUUAACAGUCCUAAAUUAUUGAUGCUAUCCGGAAUAGGACCGAAGAAACAUCUUGAACAAGUAGGAAUCCAUACGGAAGUACAUAUACAAAACGUCGGUUCUAAUUUACAAGACCAUAUGUUAGUACCAAUUGUAAUAUCUGAAGGUAAUGGUACAAAUACUUUAAGCAACUUGGAUUUUUUAAGUAAUUUGGACAAAUUUCCAGCACCGGCUAUCAUGGGACACGUUGCUCUUAAUAGAAACCAAAGAUAUCCAGACUACCAAGUAACUGCAUUCCCUUUGCCAAGUGGCUCGAUAUUUCCUACUCUGAUGUGCUCUGACGUCUUCAAAUGGAACGACGACGUAUGUGUUGUUAUUGCGAAUUCAACAAACCAAAACAUUUUAUUUUCUUUAAUAUCGUUUCUCAGUCCAAAAUCCAGAGGAAAGAUCAGAUUGAAGAGUAACAACCCUAAGGACGCACCACUUAUAUUUACUGGUUAUUUUUCAAAUAAAAUUGAUCAAGUUAAAUUUGCAAACUCCAUUAAAGACUUCAUAAGUGUAGUGGAUACGAGUUAUUUUAGAAAUGUGGACGGUAAAGUUGUAAACUUAGAAAUUGAACAAUGUAAAAACUUUGAUUUCAAUAGUCAAAAAUAUUGGGAAUGCUAUGUUUUGAACAUGGCAUCAUCCCAGUUUCAUUAUUCUGGAACUUGCGCUAUGGGACCUGAAGGAACAGGGGUAGUCGAUGAGAGAUUAAGGGUUAGGGGUGUGAAAAAUCUUAGGGUAGUGGACGCGAGUAUCAUGCCCACAAUAGUUGGUGCAAACACAUUCGCUACAGUCGUUGUAAUAGCUGAGAAAGGUUCCGAAAUGAUCAAAUCCGACCAUAUGGAAUGUUCAAACAACGAUAUCUUUAGUAACAAUACGUGU